UUAGACAGUCUUGACAGAGCAUGUACAGGAGUUCACCGGAAAGCUUUUCUCUUUUUUUUUUUCUUUUUCCAUUUGGCUUCCUGUCCUGACGUGCUUCACUGUGCAGCUGCGAUUGGCUGCCCAGUUCAUAACUUCCUCAAAAACAAAAACACAGAGCGAUCAGCUGACAGUGACUGCAGCAGUAUAUGGUGCAGUUUUGACCCGUUGAGUUUCUCUUAAUGGCCAUAAAACCCCAGCGAGAGAAAACAGAGGAAUGUUAACAGGAAGUGGAAGAAACUCCUGCUAUCUGGAAGUACUCAGCAGUGAGUGGAAGGAGUCGUCUCUCAACUAAAACAAAAAGUGAAACAUGGGCAGUGAGUACCAACCACUGUCUUCAGCACAGUCAUGCAGAAGUUUAUUCAUCGAGACGUCAGAGUGCUUUAUAUGCAGGGAUGUUGAACUUCAAGCCAGUGACCCACUGAGGAAUUUCUGUGACUGCAAGAAUUUACUUGCCCAUCACGUGUGCCUGUCCACGUGGAUCCAGAAGGGAAGUGGGAGUGAAGACAGGCUGCGCUGCAUAAUCUGCAAAGCCAAGUACCAGCUCCAGAGGAGUUCUCCAUGGCGCUCGGUGAGCUUCCAGUGGCAAACGUGGCUCGUGCUGAUCACUGCGCUUGUUCUGCUGGGUCUGGUACCUUACGGUGUUUACUGCAUGAUGACCGCCUUCACCAGCCCUCCUCCUCCCAUCACCUUUAAAGUGGCAGCAGCCUCUUUUGGCCUGCUGACAGAGAUCAUGCUGAUCAAGUGUCUGUCCAGCUACCUCAGCAGUCGUUACCGGCAGGCUGAGCAGAGCUCCUUCACAGUCCGGGCCAGAAGCUUUGACGAGGACAGAACGAGUCCGGGCCGCUGGGAUCGGUCUGAGGCCUCAGCAGCGGCGGGUCACGCUUCAUCGGCGGCCUCGCCCAGCCAAGUGGACGAAAGGAAAGUGGCUACGUUGAAGAGUGGACAUCUCAGCUUUUUCUGAACCACUAACAGAAGGAGUUUACAGAAUAUGGGGUGAGAGUAAAUCCUAUGGGUAUUACCUAUUCAAGAUAUCAGUUUUAUCAGCGUGGCAUUUAUGAUAUUAUGCUUUAAAACCUAUUUUCGAGGUGUCAGAUAUUGCUGUCCUCAAACCCCUUACGCUCUUUAUUCAGUGGGUAUAUUCUCACCUAUUGCAAAUUGAUCAUAAGGAAGCUAAUGCACGCAGCUUGCAUGAGUGUGUUCAGGCUCAGGGAGGGAGAAAAAAAAAAAAGCCUGGAAUCACUCUCUUUCCUUAAUGAUGUCCACACAGAGACAAUGGGGCGCCGCUCUGAUUAGUGUCACCUGUCCUUGUGCAUCUCAUCAGUUCCAUUAUGGCUCCAUCUCCCAUGCUUCUCCUGCUAAUUGAAUAGCCUGUGAAGUGGUGACGAGGACGGGGGCGAGAGCAACGUCUGUCCCGCUGCUGCUUCAGAAAUGAGAGUGAAGCUUCCCAGCGAGACACUACUGCGCUUCUUAAAACAUAAACCAUUAUCAUAGAGAUGGAAAAGGUGCUAACAAGUAGCCCUCAUGUUAUAUUACCGUCAUAUCGUCUACGGAUUAUGUUCAUAUACAACAGCUUUUAAUUAGCAUCCACUGAAUGUUUUUAGGGCAUGCGAUGCUGCACUACACAUUUCUUUAGUGUGUAUCAGACAGAGCGUUCACAUUGGACGUGGCCAUGAGACACUCACUAAUGUCUUUCAGUCGCUGCACAUGGCAACUUAAGUAUUGGGAAAGCAAGAGUUUGACAUUUUUGGAAAUACGCUUUUUUGCUUUCUUACCAAGAGUUGGAUAAGAAAAUUGAUAUCUGUCUGUUAAAGAAAUAUAGAAGAAUCUAGUGACCACUUUGUGUGUUCCGCAAUCUAGCGGCGCUGCCAUUUCUGCCGUGGCAAAUCGUAGUGACUCUACUGUCUGAUGACUUUCAGCCGAAUGCGUCCGUAGUUGCUCGCAGUAACUUAAUGGUCGGCGUAGAUAAUAAACCCAGAUGAGUAUGUAUAUAGAAUGGAUUCAAGUCUAAUUGAAGGCUUUAUGAGGACACCUACAUGUUCUGUUCUGUACGUUCUGUUCAUGUUUUUAACAGCUGCGAUCACUACGAACAACCACGACGCAUUUGUCUGAGAGUCACCAGUUAACACGGUUUGCGGACACUUUGUACUUGUUCUGUUUAUGAUGCCCACCGAAUGAUGUUUACUUUGUGAUAAUUAUGUUGGCCUAGUUAGAGCAACUAAUGUUACAUUUCACAAUAACACCACAGUUAUAGUUGAUUGAGUUAAUUUAUUCUGUGGGACCACUGCAGCCCGAAGGCCAUGUCUUUAUCCAGCUAACAUUAGCUAACGUUAGCUAAGCAGUGUUAAAUUAGCUGACGUUACUUGUUUUACUAUUUUGAUUCUUUGGCAACAGUGUUUUCUGAAACUUUCACGCCAAUAAAGCCACUUUGAAUUGAA